AUGGUCACCCAGGUGACCUUUCCAGACGUGAGUCUGAUGGUGCCCCUGAACAGCGGGCCCUGCAUGGGGACCCAUGGUUUGGCUUUACUGUCAUCUCUGCUGGACUUUGGGCCGGCCGCAGAUCUGAUGGAGGAAGGGGUCCCUGAAGCUAUCCGAAAAUGCCAGCGUGCUGGCAUCACAGUCUGCAUGGUGACUGGAGACAACAUCAACAUGGCCCGGGCCAUCGCAGCCAAAUGUGGCAUCAUCCAGCCUGGGGAGGACUUCCUGUGCCUGGAAGGGAAGGAGUUCAACUGACGGAUCCGCAACGAGAAAGGCGAGAUAGAACAGGAGCGGCUGGACAAGGUGUGGCCCAAGCUGAGGGUGCUGGCCUGGUCGUCUCCCACCGACAAGCACACGCUGGUUAAAGGGAUUAUCGACAGCACCACUGGUGAGCAGUGGCAGGUGGUGGCAGUGACAGGGGAUGGCACCAACGAUGGGCUGGCCCUCAAGAAGGCAGACGUAGGCUUCGCCAUGGGCAUCGCAGGGACCGACGUGGCCAAGGAGGCCUCUGACAUCAUCCUGACUGAUGACAACUUCACCAGCAUUGUCAAGGCCGUCAUGUGGGGCCGUAACGUCUAUGACAGCAUCUCCAAGUUCCUGCAGUUUCAACUGACGGUCAAUGCGGUGGCCGUGAUCGUGGCCUUCACAGGCGCCUGCAUUACUCAGGACUCUCCUCUCAAAGCCGUGCAGAUAUUACGGGUGAACUUGAUCAUGGACACGUUUGCCUCUCUGGCCCUGGCGACGGAGCCACCCACGGAGUCGCUGCUGCUGCGGAAGCCGUACGGCCGUGACAAGCCCCUCAUCUCCCACACCAUGAUGAAGAACAUUCUGGGCCAUGCCGUGUACCAGCUCGCCAUCAUCUUCACCCUACUGUUUGUCGGGGAGCUCUUCUUUGACAUCGACAGCGGGAGGAAUGCGCCCUUGCACUCGCCACCCUCAGAGCACUACACCAUCAUCUUCAACACCUUCGUCAUGAUGCAGCUCUUCAACGAGAUCAAUGCCCGCAAGAUCCAUGGCGAGAGGAACGUGUUCGACGGCAUCUUCAGCAACCCCAUCUUCUGCACCAUCGUUUUGGGCACUUUCGGGAUUCAGAUUGUCAUUGUCCAGUUCGGCAGGAAGCCCUUCAGCUGCUCCCCACUAUCCACGGAACAGUGGCUCUGGUGCCUGUUUGUUGGUGUUGGGGGGCUGGUCUGGGGACAGGUCAUUGCCACCAUCCCCACCAGUCAGCUCAAGUGCCUGAAGGAAGCUGGGCAUGGGCCUGGGAAGGACGAGAUGACCAACGAGGAGCUGGCCGGAGGUGAGGAAGUGAUCGACCACGCCGAGCGGGAGCUCCGCAGGGGCCAGAUCCUCUGGUUCCGGGGCCUGAACCGGAUUAAGCCACAGAUGGACGUAGUGAGUACCUUCAAGAGAAGCGGUUCAGUUCAGGUUGCUGUGUGCCGGCGGUCUUCGGUCCUCAGCCAGCUUCAUGACAUCCGGGUGGUGAAAGCGUUCCGUAGCUCACUCUAUGAAGGCCUGGAGAAACCAGAAUCCAAGACCUCCAUUCACAACUUCAUGGCCACGCCCGAGUUUCUGAUCAAUGACUACACCCACAACAUCCCGCUCAUCGACGACACGGACGUGGACGAGAACGAGGAGCGCCUCCGGGCCCCCCAGCCCCCAUCCCCCAACCAGAACAACAACGCCAUAGACAGCGGCAUCUACCUGACCACGCAUGUCACCAAGUCAGCUACCUCUUCAGUGUUUUCCUCCAGUCCCGGGAGCCCGCUCCACAGCGUGGAGACAUCCCUCUAACAAGAACUUGUCUCAGCACAUGUGCACACGGACACUUGGACUCACACGAAGUCACAUGCACACAUGCACGCACACACACAUAUAGGGACCUGCACACCUGCAAAACGGGGGAACAACUAAGGUGGCUGAAGACCUUUCUGGCAGGGCAUUUGCAAGAAGCCAAAUCCAUUCAACAAGGGUGCAGCCUGCCACAGGCUCCUCAUCCGGACUGAGGAAGACAAGGACGGGGAGGAGGAAAAGGAGGAAGAGGAGGACAAAAAGGGGGAGGAGAAGGUUCUUCGUCCAAAGGAGGAAGGAGAAGAAGUAGAAAGUGUGAAGAGCUGAGUUCCCCACCAUUUUUUCUAUUGAUGCUUCUUUUUUAACGAACUACAGUUUCACCGCGUGUUUGCUUUUGGGCUGUGCAGUGGGCAGGGGGCUGCUUUGGGUUUAUUGGGAGCUUUUGUUGCACCCAUGAAGGAGCAAUCAGGUCAGCAUAUUCAUGCAAAAAAAAAAAAAAUUGAGUGCUCUGCAGGGCUGUGAGGGGUGCAGCCACAAAGCAAUCCGCCCCCAGCAAAAACUAGGCACAUCUGCAGUGUGCAUGUGUGUGCAUGUGUGCACAUAUAUGUGUGUGGAUCUGUACACAUGCACAUCUAUAUGGCCAGAAGCAUAUUUCAAUAAGGAACUAUUUACUGGCAUGAUAUUUGCAUUCCUCUUUUCAGGCAUUUUCAUUUGGAAAUUUCAUUAUUGAAUGUAGCAAGGGUUUUUUUUGCUGUUGUUGUUUUUUGUUUUGUUUUGUUUUGUUUUGUUUUGUUUUUGGGGAACUAGACUGCAAGAAUAGCUUUCUGGUCAAUCCAUUUUUGUCCCUCAUCUCCCUGCCCCCACCCUUCGUUCCUGCCCUCUGCCUGGUCCUAUUGAGAUUCCCAAGAAGGCGGAGAGGGGACGCUCCAGGUCUGGAGCAGGUAUAAUUGGAGCAUUUGCACUGAGACCCCUGCCAGAGAGGAGAAAACCCUUUCAAUUGAAAUUUUAAUCUAAAAGGAAAAAAACAAAAUAUUGAUGAGAGGGAGUCCUCCAGUUAGUGAAACGGGAGUUUCGUUUUCAGCUUUCUUUGGUUUCUGCUGCAAUUCCACAUCCUUCAUCCUGGCCACGCCCCCAACUUCAAGAGCAUGAAGCACUCUUGGAGUUGUGGGUCCUGCCAGAGUCCAGGGAGCAGCCCCAGCUGAGCACAGGUCCGAGGGGGCAGGGGCAGGGCCAAGAGUUCUAAAGAAGCCAAUGGAGGGAGAGGGAGCAUCAGAAGCCUGGAGGAGCUGGCGGUGGGAGAAUGACGGCAGGGAGGCAGCCACAGUUCAGACCCUGUCCCCUCAGCACCUGGAUGGACUCCCACUGUUUGCUUUGGCAAAUGCCGAGGAGUCCUCAGUAGACCACCUCAAUGUCUGCUGUGACACCAGAGAUGCCAUCACCAAAGCACUCUUCCCACCCUAGUCUUUGUGUCCAGAGGCCAAGCUUAAGCCAUGAAGGCAUGGAUUUGUGGCUGAGCACCAGGUACUGAGGGGAGCCUGUCCUGGCAGUGUGGGCACCUGGUGGCCAAGCCUCAGUUUCCCCCAAAUGAGCAGAGGGGAUAAAGAGGGGCCUGACUUUUGCCACCCUCCUGAGGAAGCCCCUAGGUCCACACAGUGAUGCCAUGGGGGACCCUUGCCUUCUGCACUUGCAGGUGUCACAUUUUGCAGGGAGGUGGUUGGGCCCGGGGCUCAGCCGCUGGGAGACAGUUGGGACCUGAGGGACAGAGGAUCGGAAUGGAAGCCACCAAUGUGGACUGGCACCCUCGGGAGGCUUGUCACACCUCCACUGGCAUCCACACAAACCAAACAGGAGCAGGCACCAUCCCCACUAUUACCAUUAAUGCCAUGUCACCCCUCAGCAGGAGUAGUCAAAUCUCGGGCAAAAGAAUUUUGGCUAGAAAAGAAAAUCCCACUUUAAAAUGCCAGCUGCAGAUAACUCAAAGCCAUCCCUUUUUUCUAAAGGGCACAUUGAGAAUGUUACCCAUUUGUAAACUGUUCCCUGAUGUCCUUGUUUAGACGAUAAUAAGAAAAAGGGCAACUCCAUUUGUUGAGGGUCUUUGUGUUCUUCAACGAGAAAUCAAAUUUGAGACAUUGACAUUGCGGAAGAUGAGCUGCGUGCUGCUGCAAUCACCGGCUUCUUCUCACUCUGUCGUAGACACACCGAUAGGACCAAUGGCCAAUAGAUAUUAAAAGCAAACCCUCACUGCUGCUGUAUAAAGUUGCCUCAUGUAAAUGUCGAUCGUUUAGUCCCUAGGUCACCUUUGUGCUGUGGUGUGCAGUUCAGAAACGGGGCACCGUGACCUGGAAUGUUUUGCUCUUAUUUUUGCAGUCUUCAGGCGGGGGGCCCUGUCUCACUGGGAAGCCCCUCUUUAUAAAGCAUUAUAUUACCUGGAAUGGCUUGGUCAACUGUGUUCAGUUCAUAAAUAUGUUUUACAUUUUUAUCUGCCUGUUACAAAGAUGAACAAAAAAAACUUAAUGAGAAAGAUCACAGAUGCAUAAUAAUUUAAAGUCUGUAGUUGAAUUUCCUAACUUAAAGAAUAGACCAAAAUUUCUGUGUAUAAAAAAAAUGAAAGGCUCCUUACAUCCUGGUCUGGGUAA